AUGCUCGGCGAGAGUACUAUCGCCAGGACCCUUGAGGGGGAUCGACUCGUCAGGGAGCUGGGCGAUACGGCAACAGUCUUUGACUCGCACGGCAGGCCUAUCGAGGUUGUCAUCGGACCCUCAGAGCCAAUGGACCUCGCGUACGAGGUAUUCCAUUAUCACUUGCAUGCGAAUGAGGCCGCCCACGGUCGUGCGCCCCUCGUUAGCUACUUCGUAGACUGGAAAAGGUUUUGGACGGGAGCUGGUGACAAAGAGGAAGCUGUACUCGAGCCAGCUGGAGACGAGAGUCCACGGUUGAUCACGGCGAGUCUUCGAGAGGGCCAGGGCAGCCUGGAUGACACAGCCCUCGCGGAGCUGCAGGGUUGUCACCUCAUGGCCGCGCAGCCUGAUGCGGCGGCCCAUGACGGGCCCUGCCGCUGCCUCCAGGAGGAGAGUACGAAGCUCACUGUCGAUCCAAGAUUCACGUACUCGCUUCCGAGUCAACGCCAGGUGAGGCUGGAUCUUGGCGAGGUUCGGCCCGAACAUGCCGAAGGCCGGUUGCUCGAAACCUCGGCGACGGUUGCGGUCGUGCUCUCUGUGCUCACUGUGCUCGCUGUUGUUGUCGUCUUCAGACUGCUCAUCGUCAUCGUCGUUGACCAGACCGGCUGGGUCUGGCGCCCAGUAUUGGCGCAAGCGACCAACCUUGAUGCCGAGGCCGAUAGCCACCUCCCGGGCGUUUUGUAUCAAUUGUCGGUGAUGGAUCGACUGCGACACCGUACAACCGUCGGUGUCGAUCAGACCAGCCAAGAGGGCGGCACGAGCUUCUUCGCUUGCUGUCUUGCACAGGUCGGGAAUGCCGGUCUUUUUAUGGCUAUCCCAGAUCAGGAUGUCAGUGAUUACGAGGAGAGUGCGAAGCUCACUGUUGAUUCAUGUCCGUCGCAAUCGCUUUCGCUCUAG